AUGGAGGCGGUGAAGCAGGGCUCUGCUGCAAUUGGGCUUCGAUCCAAGACCCACGUGGUGUUGGCAAGUGUCAACAAGGCACAGUUAGAGCUUUCAUCGCACCAAAAGAAGAUAUUCAUGGUCGAUGACCACAUCGGCGUCACCAUUGCCGGUCGGCGUGCAAGCUGGCAAUCUGCAGGUGUGCAGCGACUAGGGUUUUUGCGAGGAGGAAGAUGA